AGAAAUUUUCAAGAUUCUUACAUCUGUUGCACCGGCUUGUUAUCCCUCCUGCUCUUCACCGUGGGACUGCCAUUACUUUGUGACGCUUCAAGAAACAUCGCAGCGUCAUUAAGCAUCGCAUUGAUUAACAAUUGGGAUCAAGACAGAGAUAACGACUUUGGACCACACACCUUCGGAAGAUGCAUCAUCUCGGAGUUACAGGAGGUUAUUCCCGAGGGAUAACGAGAAACGAGGACUUGUCUGUCGUACAACGGGGAACUCUUGCAUCGUGUGCAGAUCUUCGGGUAUGCGGAAGACACAACGCAGUCAGGCGACAGUGAUUGAGAGAAUCCGGCCAACUUCAAAUAGGAAAACCGACUCGCAGAUGUUAAAAUGUCUCAACCAGAACUGAUUAGCGAUCUGGACGUACCCGAAAAUCCGCAGCACCCUUGUCAAUGUUCCACGAUUAACAAUUUGGAUUCUAUAAGAACACCGAGGGACAGAAUGGAAAGAAAUAUGAAUAGCUCCAGGAUCUCCAACAAUCAAGAUCUCCCGCGAAAUCUAGAAACCUUACAGAAUGUUUUCGAACCGAUACGAAGGUUGGAGAGCCCUCAUCAAGAUAAAUCGCAGAUCAAUUUGGACAAUACUAGAAACGUUGAUCUUCUAGAACAUCAAGCAAAUAUAUCGUCUAAUAGAUCCAUGAAUAAUCAGAAUUCGUUAUUAUCUCUUCACGGACAUAAUCUUUCAUGUAGUCCUCGUAAUUUGGAUCUAUCUCGCAAUUUGGCUUUUGAAGCAGCCCGAAGAGUUCAAGAAACCUCGAGUCUACAGGACAAUCAGCACAAUCACAGUUUAACCUCGAGUCCUAGUCCAUUGCUAGAGACAGGGCCGAAUGUGCUUGAGACAACUAGUAAAGAAUUAGAUAAACAGCUGGAAGAUCACGCCGGCUUGUCGCCGCAGAAGCAAAGCUCCAGCAAGGAGAAAUUGAAAAACGUGCAGCAGGUGUUAAAUCCUUAUCAGCAUCAUCACGAAGCGAUGGAGCGUGGAGUUCAUGGACAUUUUCAUAACGACAUACAUAGCCAUAUUCACAAACACGCCGACAAUUUUAGGAAUAAUACUAAUCUGGACGAAAGCUUGAUAGGCUUUCAGCAACACCAGCGACAGCACACGCAUUAUCAUCACAACAACGCAAAGACAAAUGUCACUCAUCAUCACACAUCCGGAGUACAUCACUCACACGCGCAAGGAAUGACUGGACAUCAUCAUGGAAGUCUGGCAACUAGUCUUACUAGCCAUGUCCAUGGGAAUUCUGGUUCUUUAAGCGGAUCUGGAUCCGGUUCCAUGAAUCAAACCAGUUCCGUCACUUCCAUCGGACACCAUCAUCCAACAUCCAUGCCUAUAGCGGCUACGAUAAACCACCUGAACUCUCCCCACAGUCAUCAUCGACUCAACGCGGGCUCCAGCUUAGCUCACCAUUCGAAUCCUACCUUUCCCAGCGAUCAUCAUGGCACUUCGGGUGCUCUAAGCGGCGCGUCAUCGAAUUCGAGCAUGAUGAACCACGGUGGAUCGCCCUCGGUGCACCGGCACGUGGUCAAUGUCAACAGCAGUUUAUCGACGACACCGUUGGGUGGUCACCAUCACGGCAGUUCAUCGGGUAGUUUAACCGGUCAUUCUAGCGUGAACCAUCAUCACGUUAGCUCCGGUAUAUCGUGCGAAUCCUCGUCGUCGAAUGCUAAUACUAGGACGCACAGCAGGUUGGAUCACGUCCACGAUCAUCAUCAUCACCUACAAUCGGUGCACCCGUUGCACGCGAGUCAUCCCGAUACCAGACCGAGAGAUCGAGCGCCUUCGAGUUUGGAUCAUCAUGGACAUCUCCACGGUCAUGUGCACAAUCACGGCCACCCGCACGGGCAGAGCGACACUAAAAACGCGGCUCUUAUGGGUAUCGACGCUAUUCAGGUCUCAGCUCCAACGAAGAACAAAUGUCAAUGUCACGUAAUGCAAUCCGGAGGAAACAACGGAGGAACUGAGGGCGAGAGUGACGGGGGUGUCGAAGUAACAUCAAGAACACAUCAACCCCCUGCUCUUCCACCACGUCCGCCACCGAGACCAACGAGACGUUACGAGACGACUACUGCCAGUCAAUGUCACACUGGCGAAGGUGGUUGCUGCAAGAAGUACGUUGUCCUUUGCUAUCUCUGUGGCGGAUUGAGCGCGGCAGUCGGUAGCCUUUUUUUGGCGGUGCACGCAAUCCUUUCGGCCCACACGGACAGUUUAGCGCUCUUCGAGACCGUGCCGUCUUACAUUCCCGGAAUUAUGUUGAUCCUGAUGGGUUUCUUCACAAUGCUAUUAGCUAGACGAAAGCACAGAUACGGACUUCUAAUGAAAGUCUGCGGUUCUGUGGGAGUGGUGUGCGCGCUGGUGUGCGUGCUCGUCACCGUCACAACUACGGUAAUUCACAUGUCUCGAUUGCAGAACCUUCGCGAGUGCGUUUACACUGCGCGCGCGAGAUCAUGCACAUGUUACGGCGCGCCGCAAUCGAAGGGAGAUCCCGGUGUGCUUUUCGAGGGGACUCCUCACUGCGAAGCGGUGCACGGUGCAUUGUCAGAUUGCCUGAGGGCCCUUUUCGGCGUCUCGGUGGCCGGUAUAUUGGCCUGCAUAUUCUCGUGCAUGCUGGUAUAUCAAUUGUUGAGCCAUGAGAAGAAGAAGAUGUACUGGGAGCAGUUGGAGCUGAGAUGCAGAUCAUUGUACGGCCAAGGCAGCACCGUGGGACCGCCAGCUGGGUCCUGCGGAUGCUGUAACGAUUGCGGAGGUGCGAAUCCGUGGUGGGCUCAAACACCUGGAAAUCUGUACACGCCGAAUCCUGAUAUGGCGCCAUCCAGGAGAUGGCGAUUACCUUGGUCGAGAUCGAGAGGUCCAGCACCGAGCCCAGAUUCAAAUUAUGGUUUUCACACGCAAACACGACCAACGGAAACCAAUGUGGAGAGCGGAACCGGCCCUUACAGUGUCUUUAACUCGCAGUCGAGUGGUCCUUAUUCUGUUUUAAAUGCUCCGAGUGCUCCAUACACUCCGAGCACCGCGUCAUACAGCGUUCUAGAAACUCCAGUGCCAUUGUGGGGACCGCCACCUCCGUACAGCGAUCCUAACAGUCCUGCCAGACGACCGCAAAUGACCGAAUCAAGAACCAGAAUUGCCAAGAGGAUGGAUAACUUUGAAAAUAAUGAAGACCAUAGACCGAGACCUGCAAAGCGUCCUUCCGAUAAUUACGAGAACGCCGAGGAGAUCUCUAAUAGCACAGACCCUGAGGGAGGGAAUGAGGGAACCAUCAAAGGUAGGAGAGCUAGAAAGCCUUUGAAGGGCGUAGAAAAUGGGGCGUUUCAACAAGAAACUAAUCCCGGCCCGAAACAAUCUGAGAGCGAACUGUAUUUCGGUGACGUGUCCUCAUGCUGCGGACCCGAAAGUAGUUUUUACGAUCUAGCUGUGGAAAAAGAAGGUGCAGAACAUCCGGAAGGCGUAGACUAUCUGGCGACUAGGCUAGGCAAGCGUCAAUUAUCAAAGAGAUCUCGAUUGCCUCUUCCUUUGCCUGCGGACAACGGCGACAUUCCCUGUGACAAUUAUGCGAACAGCGACGAACCGAGAAGCGCGAGAGGUCCUUUUCUCGCCCCUGACGCGCAAUAUGAAGUGAUUCAACAAGGUCGCUACUCCUAUUACGGGUCGAAAAAUGACGAGGAGCAGGAAGGUCCGCCGAGUUCCAGUUACUUUCGGGAAGAGGAAACUGAAAGGGGGCGUGAAAGGGAUUAUAGGGAUUACAGAAACAAUCAGGAGGAGGAAACGCCACAGUGUUGUUUGAGCGAUUCGACGACUCUAGACUCUGGUUGGCAAAGCGGGGAGCAACAGCAAUCGGAUGAUAACGUCCGGCCGGUGAAUGUGUGAUCUUAGACCCGUAAGAUUCUUAGCGAAAACAAUAAAACAUUAAUUUCCUGCCAGGAAGUGUUAUAUGAAAACCAUUAAAUUAAAGUAGCGAAGAAAAUGCCCGACAAUAGCUUCUGAUCUGUAAAUAAUUUAGAUCGAUCGUAUGUAGGUCUUGUUCUGAAGUAAACAAAGCGACUGAAAUUGCUGGGAUUCAAUCCUUUGAAUUUAAUUGACGAAAUAGAGAAAUUAAGAAGAAAGUAGUUCGAGUUUGGCAGAUAUGAUCCUAGUCGAUUGAUAACAGGUUUGCUUUUGAAAUAUGUAGUUGAAUUUAAUUAAAAAGUUAAUACACUAAGUUUAAAUAACGUAGUGUGAAAUACUCUCGAUGUGCGUGUCAGUUCAUAUCGUAUCGAUUUCUCUUCUCCUAAAAAAAUUGCUAAAAAGAUUUAUUUAAUAACAACAUUUCGCGCUCUUUAAAUUAAGUAGUAAUGGAUAUGAUGCAUGACACAAAUAUUAUUAACUUUAUUUCCAAUAUAUUACACCGAUUAUAUAAACAAACAUUACAUGCUACGAUAUUCUCAUCUCUUUAUAUUAAAAUAAAUACUUUUAUUUUUCCACGUUCUUUACGCGAAGUGAUUGAUGAUGAACUGUAUCGAUGCCAUAGAAAACACAAUGAUAAUGAAACCCAGACUUUAGUGAUAAUUUGUAGUGAUAAAAAUAAUAACAUUAAACACAAGUGCUAAUCUCGAUUUCGACGAGAAUGAACUGCCAUUCAUUUUUCUCGUAAGAAGCUUGCCAGUUUAAUAUAAUCUAUAUACGUAUAAAUUUUCUUCUUUCAUUGAAGAGUAGACGUGAUUAAAGUAGAUUACGAUCAAGUGAUAAUUUAUAGUAAUCCGAGAGAGAGAGAGAGAGAGAAAAUCGAACAAUGUGAACAAUUAAAACUGCAUAAAAAGUGCACUAUAAAAACUUGUGUUGAGCAUCAGACGUGCAUCAACGAUCAUAAUGGAUAAAGCGAAGUUAAGCUUAAUUGUUUAUAUUAAAAAAUAAUCACCUAUUAAAUAAAAAUAUUAAUCUCGUAGGACGAAAUAUUCAUGGCAAAUUCUGUGUAUUUUUGCUAACUGCAAUGUUGCUCGUGCUGCUCGUAGUAAUAAAUAAUAGUGAGUGUUACGUAUAAUCGAGAAAUUAUUUGCGAUGAUUGACUGAAGGCGAGUGGGAGAAAAUGAAUAGGAGAAUUAGUUACAAAGUUAGUUACAAAAAUCGUUUGUUGAAAAUAUAUAUUCGCCAACAAACGGUUGUAUGACUGUUUUACUAAGAAGACGCUCGCUUUAUUAGACGUUCGUUUAUUAUUUCGUACUAUUUAUUUGUCUUGGUAGUAAUACACGCUACAAGUAUUUUUACCUGAUAUUUUGCUGAAAUUUUAAGUCCAUUGCGUAUUGGAAUUAAGCUCGUCGAUCAAUCAACAAUUGUUCUUUGUUGGAUACACGAUAGAUACCAUGUACAAAAGUGUGCUUUACUCUUGCCAAUUAGGUGUUAGUUGUAAAUCUCAAAAAGUCGUUGAUUAUCUCCGAUAUAUCAACGGUACGUUCAUAAUCAUAAGAAAUAUUUAUAAUAAGGAUUUAAUUUUUUGCGAUUAAUAAAUUGUUUUAUUGUCAUAAUUCUGGUUUAUUUCUUAAUCUUACUUGGUAUCCGCGACUGAAAUAUUUCAUUCCAUAUUUUUCCCUCGGUUGAGAAUUUUAUGCGG